GUCUUGGGAAAUCAACACCACUGAGCAGUGGGUUUUUUUUCCUUGACAAAAUGAGGGAAAACAGGGGAAGAAAAGACUUCACUCACAGCUGUCCUUCUGGGAAUGGAAACUGACAAGACAGAGACAAGAGCGAGAGGUGACCUCACACACACUGCACACCUGAACUUUACUGCAUGCCUGUCUUUCUCUCGCUCUCUCUCUCAUCAGAAAUAACAGGCAUCUUGAGCAAGGAUCGUAAUAAUCAUCAAACUUCUCACAACCAUCCGCCUUUGUGAUCAUGGAGCGAAAGUGUGUUGUAGAUAUGGCCCCAGGGGGGAAUGUAAGUGUGUGACUGCAGAGGAGCGACGGCCUGCCUGCAUCCAGAUGUUUCAUGUUUCCCCUGCGCGCUCUUUGGAAAGGUCUGCUCGUAAGAGGAACAGGGAAGUCUGAGGGACGUACAGUCCGAGGUCCACAUCGGGUUUAAAAGGACGAUUAAAAGCAUGCUUUUUGCGUAAGGUGUUUGGAUUUUGAUCCAGGGGUUUCCAUUUUUGCGUCUGGAGAAUGGAGAGCGGCAAACUGAGGACGCUCAUGCUGUUGGAGAUGCAUUUGCUCUUGGUCUUUGCGCUGUCUGUGCAGGGGCACUCCAGUCCAAAUCACGAGAAUGUGAUUGACCUUCUGGCAGCUCUAAACUUGUCCCACCACAUAAGCGGUGUGGCCAGACUGCAGAGUCCUGGCAGCGGGACAUACAGACUACGUCCCAGAGCACCGUACCUGACUCUUCCUCGUGAAUAUUCCCACAUCUUGUAUUCCAACCUUCAAGGUAGCAUGGGGGUGCAUUUGAUGGGGCAUCAGGCAUCAAACUCCAGUGCCACUCUUUUUUCUCUCUCCUCUGCGUCAUCACCCAUUCUCCAAAUCAUCUCCUCCACCCUCAAUAACACUCUGCGUUUGGACUACCAGGCUGGAGGAGGAGCUCAGGGCCUUGUCAGCUUUCACUUCCCCGGGAGAAACCCCUUCUCCAGGGAGGGGGGGGUAAAGUUGGCUGUGAGCCUGGAGACUGACAGACUGGCUUUUUUUGUUGACUGUCAAGAAGCUGUGGUUCUACUGAUAAAAAGUGAAGAGAGAAUCAACCUGGAACUGCCUCAAGAUGUUGUUGUCACUCUUGCCAGCACACCAGGAAAGAAAGACAGCAAAUUUAGUGGAUAUUUAAAGACAGCUGAGAUUUCAAUGAAAGCAUAUCUAAGGCGACCAUGGCUCUGUGACAAUGUUACAGAUGCUCUGUCUCCGUCUCAGUACACAGACGGCUAUAGCUCAGAUUCUCAGAGUGACAGCAGUCGAAUGUUCCAGCAGGAUGCAUCCCCCAAUAAACCUCAAACAAGUCACAGGCCAAUGGACCAAACCAACCACUAUCCCCAGGACAUCCAGAGUGACCAGCUGCAGAGAGGUGUGGUGCUGGGGCCCCCAGGAUCUCCUCAAGGGGUAAAGUCUGUUUCUCAGGCACAGAAAGACGACAGACUGAAGAAGCUGGAGAAGAGGCUGGAGGAGCUGGCUUGUAUGCUGGACAUGGUCAAAACUCAGAAUGCAGACCUACAGUCACGUGUCCAGUACCUGGAGGGAUGUGAGUGUGUGAGGCAGCGAUGUGUGUGGGAGGGGCAUGAAGUGGAGGAUGGCCUGCGCUGGCAGACUGACCUCAACACUGUGUGUACGUGCAUAUCUGGAAAAGUCACAUGCCAAGCUAACAUCAAAGGGUGUGAGCUGGAUGGUACAGUUCAUAAUGUGUCCUACAGCACUCUAGAUGGCUGCAAGACAUGUACGUGUAAGGGAGGUAACAGGGAAUGCUACCACCUACCCUGCCCUUCAUUGGACUGCACACAGAAGGAGACUUUACCUGGAGACUGCUGCCAGCGAUGCAGAGGCUGUAUCCAUUCUGGUGUCCAAUAUGAUCACAGAGCCAAGUGGAGGUCAGCAGAGAAUCCCUGUGACAUCUGCUACUGUUUGGAGGGUCAUGUCCGCUGUGAGAGGGAGCGGUGUAACACCCCAUGUAAAAACCCUGCUGCUCCUCCACCCAAUACCUGCUGUCCCGUUUGUCAAGGCUGUAGUGUGAAUGGUCAUGACUUCCCUAACGGAGCUGUGAUCCCUACUGGAGACCGUUGUCAAGAGUGUCAUUGUGUGAAUGGAAAUGUGGCUUGUUCACCCCUUCCCUGUCGUGCCUUGUUUUGUCAAAACCCUGUGCAUCGUGCUGGAGACUGUUGCCCACGGUGUGAGCAGUGUGAAUAUGAGUCCAAUGUGUAUGUGGAUGGACAAAAGUUCCCCUCCAGGAGAGACCCCUGCCUCCACUGCCGCUGCUCUGCAGGUGAAGUGUCUUGUGAGCGUAUGGAUUCAUCAUGUCCUCCAUUACGCUGUAGCCAUCCAGCUAAGCGCAAAGAAGAGUGUUGUCCCACAUGUGAUGAAUGUGAGUAUGACAGGAGGGUAUAUGCUGAUGGAAAAGUGUUCAUCCCUGCUGGAAGUGGACCCUGCCUGCAGUGCAGGUGUAAGGGUGGGAAUGUAAUUUGCCGUGAAGAGAAGUGCCCUCCUGUCCAGUGCUCCAACCCUAUUAUAGACCCACAUCUCUGCUGUCCAAUCUGCAAAGCGUGUGUGUUGGAGGGGGUGGAAUAUGAGGAAGGCUCCUACUGGCACCCUGAGGGUCCCUGCUCCAGCUGCACCUGUGUGAAUGGAGAGACCCUGUGUACACACACAGACUGCCCCCCCAUUGAGUGCCUGCAUCCCACCAAGAUCACUGGCUCCUGUUGUGCACUGUGUGAAAGCUGCACCUAUAACCAUCGUAUCUAUAACAACGGCCAGAGGUUUGCAACCCCUGACCAGCCCUGCCACAUCUGCACCUGUCAGCAUGGCAGUGUAGAGUGUGAGAGAAGACCUUGUCCUCCACUCAACUGUUCCAACUCGUACACACCACCUGGAGAGUGCUGCCCUAAAUGUCCAGACUGCUCCUUUGAAAACCGCAUAUUUGUGGAUGGAGAGGCUUUUCUUAACCCUGUGAGAGUGUGUGAGGAGUGCAAGUGUGUGAGCGGCACGAUUGACUGCCACCAAGCACAAUGCCCUCAUCCUCACUGUAACGCGCCUCUACCUGGAACAUGCUGUCAGAACAACUGCAAUGGCUGCAGCUAUGCUGGGAAAGAGUAUCCCAAUGGACAAGAGUUUCCCCAUCCUACUGACACAUGCAGGACGUGCAGCUGCAUAAAUGGGAAUGUCCAGUGUCUGAUGAAGAGGUGUCCACCGCUGCAUUGCUCCAACCCAAAUGUGCUGCCUAGAGACUGCUGCCCCCAGUGUCCUGCUCCUCCAUCGGACUGUGUGUAUGAACAACGACCCUACAGACACACUGAGCGUUUCUACCACCCGACUGACAACUGUCGAUCAUGUGUCUGCACCAAUGGGACAGUUCACUGUCUGCGCAAGCCCUGCCCCUUUGCUGCAUGUUCUCACCCCAUCACACAAGAGUGCUGCUGGACCUGUGAAGGCUGCCUGUAUGAGGGUCGAGAGCGAGCUAAUGGGGAGACGUGGGAUGAUGCAUCUGACCCAUGUGCAGUAUGUGUUUGCCGUGAGGGCUCUGUCCAGUGUGAGAGGAAGCGCUGUCCACCCUCUAACUGUAAGCACCCAGUCCAGAGACAGUGCUGUGUGUCCUGUGAUGGAUGCAUGUUUCAUGGUACAGAAUAUCCUGAUGGCACUGAGUUUGGUGAUGACAAAGACCCCUGUGGCGUAUGUUACUGUUAUGGAGGGGAGGUCAUCUGCACCAAGAUACCCUGUUAUGGAGAUUGCAGCCACCCAUACAAACCACCUGGACAAUGCUGUGGAGAAUGUGAACGCUGUUUCUAUAACAGCGCGGUCCUCACAAAUGGACAGUCGAUCCCUGAUCCAGGAAACCUCUGCUCUGAAUGUACCUGCCAGAGCGGUUCAGUGCGAUGUAUGAAGAAGCCGUGUCCAGCAGCCGUCUGUCCUCACCCGGUCACCAACCCAUGUGGCUGCCCUGUCUGUGACGGUUGUCAAUUCCAAGGUGUGACUUAUGUUGACGGACAGAUCCUACCAGGAGGAGACGGAGGGUGCCAGGACUGCACAUGCUCAAGAGGCAAAGUGGUGUGUGCACAGCGACGAUGCCCUGCUGUGGCAUGCCCACACCCAGCUCUGGAUGGCUGUGCAUGUGGAGUGUGUGAUGGAUGCAACUUUAAUGGACGAGGCUGUUUCAACGGAGAACGAUUCCCACACCCUACAGACCGCUGUCAGCUCUGUUCCUGUCUGAACGGCGGUGUGGUAUGUACGCAUGUGUCUUGUCCAAGUGUUGCCUGUGUGCGUCCAGUGACCCCUCCUGGGGAGUGCUGCCCUGUCUGCACAGGGAUUUGUCAUCAUCAGGGAAAAGAGUAUCAGUCCGGCUCCUCCUUCACUUCGCCCUCUGAUCCCUGCUCGUCAUGCUCCUGUCUGAAUGAGGUGGUGAACUGUCAGAAGAGACCUUGUCCAGUCCAGUGCUCCCAUCCGGUCCCUUCAGUUACCUGCUGCCCCGUCUGUGACUCCUGUCUGUAUGAGGGUGUCGUCCACUCUCACAGUCACACCUUCACACCCUCCUCCAACCCCUGCCAGCGCUGCACUUGUGUCAGAGGCACCGUCACCUGUAUGCCCUUGGUCUGCCCACCAACACCCUGUGUCCGACCAGUUACCAAGCCGGGACAGUGCUGUCCUGAGUGCACAGUGUGUACACUUGAUGGACAGGAGUUCAGUGACAGGCAGACAUGGACCCUGAGUUCAAACCACUGCUCCACCUGCACUUGCCAGGCAGGUGAGGUGCAGUGUGCGUCUCCUGAGUGUCCCAAGCUGCCUUGCAUGCAUCAGGUGACUGAUCCAGGAGCCUGCUGUCCUCACUGUAGAGGUUGUGUGUAUGGAGGAGAGGAGCAUACUGAGGGCAGCAGCUGGUUCGCAGACUCUACUCCCUGUAUGACCUGUAUGUGUGUGGACGGUGUGACCACCUGUUCUGAAGUACGCUGUCUAUCUCCCUGCAUCAACUUCAUCAGCGUGCCUGGGGAGUGCUGCCCUGUGUGUGCGGACUGUGUAUUUGAGGGCAGAGUGUAUGGUCCAGGUGACAGUUUCCAUCCAGCCGAUGACCCCUGUCAGAUCUGCACUUGUGAGGUGAUGCCGGACGGAGAGCAACACCUGAGGUGUUACCGAAAGCAGUGUCCCAGUCUGGUCGACUGUCCUAAGAGCAACAUCUUGUUCUCUGGACCAGACUCUUGCUGCCCUGUCUGUGCACAGCCUCUCAGUAACUGCACCGCUGCACUGAUUGGCAACGAGGUCUUGGCAACAGAUGACCCUUGUUUUACCUGCCAGUGCAAGGACCUGACAUGGACCUGCUUACACCAGAUCUGCCUCCCGCUCACUUGCCCUCUUAAGGAACAGUUCAACCCUCCGGACUCAUGUUGCCCUGUGUGUAAAGAUUGUGUGAUUGAGGGCCAGAACAGACGUGUGGCCAACGGCAGCAGCUGGACAGACAGCGAUGACGACUGCAUCACAUGUACCUGUAAUUUGGGCUAUAUUGAGUGCAGCAUUGAAGAGUGUUUACCUGCAGUUUGUUUGGAUGGCCAGAAACAAGUGAAGAUUCCAGGGAAAUGCUGCUAUGAAUGCCAAGACUCAGGGGUGUCGUGUUUGUACCAGGGAACGGUUUUUCACUCUAACGAACAGUGGGAUGUGGAUGAGUGCACCAGCUGUACGUGUGUGUCUGGAGACGUACACUGUCACAGUGAACGCUGCCCUCCCCUCACCUGUGCAACAGAUGAGAUGCCAGCCAUUGUCCCAGGUUUGUGUUGUCCUCAUUGCCUUCCUCGUCCAGCCACCUGCAUUGCCUUUGGCGACCCUCAUUAUCGCACCUUCGAUGGCCGUAUGCUGCACUUCCAGGGAGCGUGCACGUAUGUCCUGGCACAGGACUGUGAGGGUGGAGACUUCAGUAUUCAUACCACUAACGAUGAUCGUGGGCGUAAAGGAGUGUCCUGGACUAAAGAGGUGACCGUGUUUAUAGGAGACGUCACAGUGCAGCUACUCCAGGACUGGGUUGUGAAGGUGAAUGAUGAGGUUGUGACUUUGCCGUUCCUCAGAGAACCGUACAUCUAUGUUGAACGACAGACUAACACCAUCUUACUCAACACUAACAUCGGGCUGAAGGUACUGUGGAGUGGUCGUUCACAUCUGGAAGUGAGUGUGCCAGGCUCCUAUAAGGGCCACACCUGUGGUCUUUGUGGAAACUUCAACAGCUACUACCAGGAUGACCUCCGAAUGCCCAGCGGACGACUCAGCCUUUCAGAGUCUGACUUUGGCAACAGCUGGAGGGUCACAAAUGGUAGCCAUUCCCUCUCAUCCUGUCGUCCCGGUGAGGAUGUUGACCCCUGUAAAGACGCAGGCUACCAGGCCAAGAAGGGGGCUAACGCUCGCUGUAAGGUCCUGAAGUCUGCUGUAUUUAAGCCCUGCCAUCGCGUCGUGCCUCCUGAACCGUGGUACGCAGCCUGUGUGUAUGACCUCUGUGCCUGCGGGGCCAAUACUGAUGAGUGUCUGUGCGACACACUGGAGGCCUAUGCCAGCCAGUGCAGAGAGGCUGGAGUCAUCCUGCAAUGGAGGAGCCCAUCACUGUGUGCUGUGGGCUGUCCUGUGGAGAGGGGCUUUGUGUUUGACGAGUGCGGACCCCCAUGUCCUGUAACCUGCUUUAACGUUGACGUACCACUGGGAUUGAUAGAGAGCCACUGCUUCAAGCCCUGUGUACCAGGCUGCCAGUGUCCUGCUGGUCUGGUUCUACACAACAACUACUGCAUACAGCCAGAAAAGUGCCCCAAGAUCAUUCAUGGCAACCCCUCUUAACUGCUCAAUUUCAAGAGGACACUUACUUGCACACACAUGCACUGCCACCCCUAAUAAUCUUCAAUCCACUCAAGGACUGCACCUUCUGUUACUGUAUAACGAAGUUUGAAAAGGAAAAAUAUCCCAACAGAUGAACCUCCAUGACCUGUGGAUUUAACAUAUUGACUGAAGUGAAAUACUGCAAUUUAGUGUUUUUAUAAACAUUGUUAGAUGUAGCACUGAAUAUUUAUACUACACAAGGGUUUGUCGUUUUUAUUUCACACGUUCAUUGGUAUUGUUAUGUUUUGUUUUACACAUUUAUGAGAUAUUGUCCACAGCCUUUAGAUUAUUUUAACAGUAUUAUUUACUAUCAAAACAGCAUUUGAUUACUGUACAGGUUUAUUUCAGCACUGUGUGAUGUCUGACUGUAUAUACAGUAAGCCACAUAAACUCAGGUACUCUUUUUUUCAUUCCUCAUCAUACAAAUAAACAAAGGCUUCACUAAUAUUUGUGGUAUUUCAUUUUCUGUUCAAAGAUUAAAUUCAUUAUUCAUGAAGACAUGAGUAUGAUCUUGGUAACACUUUAUUUUACGGGUCUGUAAUUUCUUAUUAAUUUCCUAGGAAGUUUCCUGGAAAGAAAUUAUGUAAUUUCGUACUAAUUAUAGGUAAAAAUAAUGUAGACAAAGUGUUCAAUUGGUACGUUUCUAAUUAAUUUAUUCCAAUUAACUAGUUGUGUAACCUAGAGAGCAUUUUAGUGAGUGCAAAGCAGGCUGAAUAUGCAAAAACGUGAAAUAACUAUACAAAGAAUAAAGUUUCCAAUAGUAAAUGAAUAAGGGCUGAAUAUUCACAUUUAAUGAAGCACUUCUUUCAGGGAAACAACUGCAAGAACAGUCAGAUAAGUUUCUAUUUUAUUUAUAAUUAGUUAUAUGGUUCUUUCCAGGAAACUUCCUAGGAAAUUAGUAGGAAAUCCAGUGGGUGUUAUAAGAUUCAUGAUGACAUAUACUGUAUGAGACACGCAACAUAAUAAACAAUUUACAAGCUGGGA